AUUUGAUUGAGAGUGUAGGUAUCUCAACCAUCGGCCAGUAUAUCUUUUGAUAGUGAAAAUGACUUAAUUUAAUAGGCAUACACUGAAUUCAGUGGAAGAAAUUAUGAGGUCAGCUCAAGAACCGAACCGGAACGGCGGUUUAAUGACUCCGUCUCCCCGGCCUAGAAUCCAAUCUCAGUUCCAGUCCACAGUUUCCGUGCAAAAAAAUCGGCGGUUCAAUAUUUUGAUUCUCGUUUUCCGGUUCGCUGCCUUUUGCUUCUCUCUUGCUUCUGCUAUUUUCAUGUUUACAAACUCUCGUGGUGGCUCCGGUUCUCCUCAAUGGUACCACUUCGAUGCUUUCAGGUUUGUAGCAAUUGCAGCUGGGAUUGUGGCUUUGUAUUCAUUGUUCGAAAUUGGAGCUUCAGUUUGGGAAAUUUCAAGAGGCGCCACUGUAUUUCCCGAAGUAGUUCAAGUCUGGUUCGAUUUUAGCCACGAUCAGGUUUUCGCAUAUAUGUUGCUGUCGGCGGAUUCGGCGGGAACGGCGUUGGCUCGGACGUUAAGGGAAAGAGACACGUGUACGGCUAAUAAUGCAUUCUGUGUACAAUCAGAUAUAUCAGUUGCCUUGGGAUUCGCUGGGUUUAUGUUCUUGGCUUUUUCUUCUUUGUUGUCGGGUUUUCGGGUUGUCUGUUUCAUACUUAACGGGUCUCGUUUUCAUAUGUAAUAAUCAGAUUGUGCGUUGAGCAAUUGGGGAUUGAAUUUGGGAGUUUAACUUUCUCUACACGAUGUAUAAAAGAAGAAUUAACCCAAAUAGCAGCCCAUCCACUCGUUUCGUGGAGGUAUGAUGUAUGUA